AUAUUGCUACUCAUGCAAAAUGGUCCUAUCCUUUAAUUAUACGUGAUUCAACUAAUGGAGGUGUUGAAUUUCAGGGUGAUGUUAUUAGAUUAAUAAAUAAAUAUGGUGUUAAUAUUCGAAUAGCUAAUUCUAAAAAAAGUAUAGGCAUUGUUGAAAGGUUUAAUAAGACAUUACAAGAAUGGUCAUCUAUUAUUCAAGAUGCUGUUGAUAUGAGAUUACCUAUAUCAGAAC